AUAGGCACCGUCCGCAAUACUGUCCUGAACGCCAGAGCACCGUCUACCCGUGCACAGUAUGAGAACAGGUGGCGGCUGUUCUCUGGGUGGUGUUCAGGAAGGCAUGAGGACCCUGUGCACUGCUCUGUGCCUAUUAUUUUGGAGUUUUUGCAGUCCCUCCUGGACAGCGGUCGGUCACCCUCUACCCUGAAGGUGUACGUAGCCGCCAUUUCAUCUCGGCACGUUCUAGUCAAUAACAACACGGUGGGAUGUCACAGGUUGGUGACCCUCUUCUUGAAGGGGGCUCUGAGACUACGUCCCCCACGACUGCCGAGAGCUCCAGCAUGGGACCUGCCUCUGGUGUUGGAUGCUCUGUGCUCGCCACCCUUUGAGCCCCUGGCACAGGCAGGCCUACGGUGGUUGUCAGUGAAGACUGCUUUCCUACUUGCUAUCACCUCGGCAAAACGUGUUAGCGAGCUUCAUGCUCUGUCGGUCAGCAGUUCCUGCCUACGCUGGAACUCAGACGGUUCAGGGGUCACCUUAUGGCCGAAUCCUGCUUUCUUGCCUAAGGUCUUGUCAAACUCGCACCUUAAUCAGCCUAUCCACCUGCCUCGGUUUGACCCACCAGUAGGGGAAGGGGAUGGGAAGUCGGUGCUGUUGUGUCCUGUGCGUGCUCUGAGAGCCUAUGUGGACAGAACUGUGGGCAUACGCCAGUCGGACCAGCUUUUCGUGUGCUUUGGCGGUCCAAAGAAAGGUUUUCCUCUCUCCAAACAGCGUCUCGCUCACUCGAUCGUGGAAGCCAUUUGUCAAGCAUAUAAGGCGGGUGGUCAUCCUCUGCCAUCUGGCGUGAGAUGCCACUCUGUGAGAAGCGUCUCCACAUCAUGGGCUGCACUGAGAGGAGUGCCUCUGGAGGCAAUAUGUGCCGCAGCCUCGUGGGCGUCGCCAAGCACUUUUGCAAGAUUCUAUCGGGUAAACAUUGCCUCUCCUCACCCACUGGGUGUGGUCCUCCUACCAAGUUCUUCUGCUUCCAGUCAAUAA